GUGCGAACACUACAAUUCACCAGCUCGCUAUCCACACCGCACGGCACGACAUGACUUGUGACCGGUGAGCUAGAUCGAUGAUGCCCGGACAUGCGCAAAUGGACUUGGACGACGCCGAAAUCCGCCGCUCUCGGUAGACUCCCGCACGCACAAUCCUUCCCAUGUCGCUACACUAGCCUUGCUCUCUGUUCCGGCAUUCGCAGCAGGAAUGCCUCGACGACAGGGGCCUCGUCGCCCGUUGAGAAUGCCGAGUUGAUGCUCUCUCAUGAGGACGACGCCAGACGACUGCGCUCGCGUCACCUCUUUCGUGCCAUCCUCCGCGAGUGUACCUAUCUCCCCGACUCCGUCGCUCGUCAAUGGGCCCAACAACACGCCCUCGAGCGCUUUCGCACGUACGACUUCAAGUCUUGGGAGCAUCGAAAUGAUGUUGACUUCGGCCUGAGACUGCGAGCUAAAGAGAAGGAGGCGAGAAGCUGGGUGGCAUACCUGAAGCGAGCGAACGAGGGGGAGAGGAAGUGCCUGAUGCGAGUACUGUUCAUGGCGUAUGGACGGAUUGGGAAACGAAGGCAUGAGUUGAUGCUGCCCCUGCUGGCCAAAGCCGCAGAGGACGAGAGUGGCGCCGUCGACACCGACUGGUCGGAUAUCGAAAAAGCUCCGGCUCCGGACGUCCACCCAGCCCCAGAGAAUGCAAACAAGCCAUCCGUCCCGCGCAUUUCGGACAUGCUGCAGAUUGAGCCGCCUCUCACGCCUCCCCUGCGCGCUUUGUUGCAGUCACAAAUCCGCGCAUCACCUCCAGCGUUAUCGAGGUCCAAUCCACGCCGGGUGACUGGGAGCAUAGCCGCGCUCAAUGCAUGGCUCCGACCGAUGCCGCAAAAGCGCGUAGAGAAUAUGCGCAAGAAGCAUUACGCCGAGCUUUUGAAUCGCAUACUCCCUCCAUUGCCCACCGAGGAAUGGCAGCACUUACGGGAUCUCGCGACUGGUCGCAUUGAAAGUAAACGUCCGCGACAACGGCGAAGUAAGUCUUCCGAGCACGUGGAUCGCAAUCACUCACUCGAGGCGAUUGUCUCGUUUGGCAAGGCUCCGAUGAAGUUGUUGGAGACGCACAACGGACAUGCCAUCACGCCCCGAUACAUGCGCCGGUUGUAUGCCCAGGUGUUCAGCCAAUGUCCUUUGCUGGAUUGGGAUGUGGCAUCGUCAUCUUGGCGGGUGACCUGGGGCGAAGAAGCUCUGCGUGGAGGUGUAAGCAGCCCAGUCUCGCCUCAACGAACAUCGCCGUAAUCAACCAGGACUCUUUCGUUCUAUGAAUCGAGGUUGCACCUCGUUUCGCUCGGCUCGCCCCGCGACCAACGUGGACUUUGCUGCGCAGAUCGCGGCUGCUGCCUUUUACGCGAGGUCGGCGCUCCUGCAUCCACUCAAAAUCCGGGGAAGGACGAUCCAAACAGUCACACCAUCACCUCCUCCAACCAUCUUCCUACAACACACCUUCGCCGUACGCCACUCUCAACAUCCUACUUCCAGCAUGUCUCAUCUACCUGAUCCGUCGCAGCCUACCAUCAAGCAAGCCUCAGACACUGACGUGCCCGUCAUACUGUCGAUGAUCCGCGAGCUGGCUAGC